AUGACUCUCCCAGUCAUCAAUAUUGAGGAAGUGAAGACCUUUGUAGAUGCCACGCUUGAGGCACUACAACAGGAAUUGCGGGAAUUGAACUAUCAAAUUUGGUCAAAUCCUGAGCUUGCUUAUCAGGAGCAGGGCGCUCACGAUACAAUUUGUGAUUUCCUCGAAGGACAAGGUUUUACUGUUACUCGCCACGCCUAUGGACUUGACACCUCUUUUGAGGUUUUGAGUGGAACUGGUGGGCGAUUGAUCAAUUUCAACGCAGAAUAUGACGCAUUGCCUGGAAUUGGCCAUGCAUGUGGUCAUAAUUUAAUAGCGACAAGCAGUAUCGCUGCAUUCCUUGCACUGUCGUUUGAUAUAAGGAAAUUUAGCAUCCCUGGUAGAGCCCAGUUGUUAGGGACUCCUGCCGAGGAAAAUGGAGGCGGAAAGGCCAAAUUGAUUGAUGCCGGCGCUUACAAGAAUGUCGAAAUCUCGCUAAUGGCUCAUCCUGGACCCAAAAAGAUAUAUCCCGACCAAGAACCAUCGGACGGGAUUGCUGGAACGCCUAUGAAUGCGCGCAAGAAUAUCUAUUGCGAAUUCACGGGUAGAAAUGCUCAUGCCGGUGGGAAUCCGUGGGAAGGAAUCAACGCGCUUGAUGCCCUGGUCUCAUCUUAUAACAACGUUGCGGUCCUUCGGCAGCAGCUUCUUCCGGACCAGCGUGUUCAUUGUGCUUUCUUAGACACACCCAAGGUAGCUAAUGUGAUCCCGGAUUAUACGAAGGCUUUCUGGCAGGUGCGCAGCCCUAGAUUGAAGGGAUUGAAUACCCUUGUCAGCAAAUUGCGCAAUUGCAUUGAGGCUGGUGCGUUGGCCACUGGAUGUCAAGUCAAGAUUGAUGAGGAUGAGCUCUAUACUGAUGUCCGAUUGAAUGACACUCUCUGUGAACGCUACUGUGUCCACAUGGGACGGUAUAGUCGCAAAGUUCUCAAGCGCUAUGAUAAGGUCCUAACGGGGUCGUCGGAUAUUGGCAAUGUUAGCUACGAGACUCCAACGCUUCAUACAAUGUUUGCGAUUCCGGCUCCUACAACUUCAUUUCCACACCACCCGACUUUUGCAGCUGCAGCUGGAACAGACGAAGCCCAUGCUGAGGCAUUGAUUGUUGGAAAGUCUUUAGCAUUGAUUGGUUGGGAUAUGAUUGUGGAGAACGAUAUGUAUGAUUUGGCGUGGCGUCAAUGGAAAGACGAGAUUGCGCGGGAGGAUUAG